AUGGAGGAGGAGAUGGAGGAGGUGAUGGAGGAGAUGGAGGUGAUGGAGGAGGUGAUGGAGGAGGUGAUGGAGGAGGAGAUGGAGGAGGUGAUGGAGGAGGAGAUGGAGGAGGUGAUGGAGGAGGUGAUGGAGGAGGUGAUGGAGGAGGUGAUGGAGGAGAUGAUGGAGGAGAUGAUGGAGGAGGAGAUGGAGGAGGACCUGAUUCUGUUUGAUUUCUGUGUCCAAAAAGGCUAA